AUGCAGGCUGCAUUGCACGAGGAAGAUGUGCAGAGAGCAUUAUCUACGAUUACCUCUCUUACCCUCUCUCCACCUGAGCAUAGGCUAUUAUCAUGCUUCGUGCAAGACGCAGUUGAUCCCAAAGCCGCGGCGUUAUAUGUCCUCCAGCGAGCAUCCCGCUAUGGCAAAUAUUUAAUACACAUGGAAACUGAGCUCUAUAAUCUCCUUGAAGGCUGGAAAAGGCUUGUGGAACGAUGUAGAGCGUUGAACUGGCCAACUAAGAUCUCUUUUAGUUACAUCGCCAACCCAAGUAUCAUCGGCGACAAAGUCCUUGGUUGUGGCACGAUUAUGCUGCAUUACGAAGCGAUCAAAAGUAUGGUGGGAUGUCUUCGGCUGGAGUAG